CCUCCCGCCAGAGGGCGGCAGCACUGUGACGUCACGGACAGCGACUGGUGUGAACCACAAAGAAGCAGGAGGCUGAAAGGAGGAAGAAAACAGAACUUCUCACUUGAAAGUGUCUCGUGACGCAGGACUGUGGACAUUGUCUCCCGGUCCUCGGAGAUGGAAGGUCCGGUUCAGCUGCUGCUGCUGUGGAUGCUGAGCGGCGUCUGUGAGUCCACAGUGUAUCUGAAGGCUCCACACACCGUCACGCUGGAGGAGAACUCUGAGGCCGACGUCCUCAUCGCUCCCAGUUCUCCUCUCAUCCAGUCGGCCGUGAUUCACUUCAAUGUGACCUCCAGCUCCAAGAACUGCUCGUCUAUCAUCACCCUCCCUGAGCAGGUGCUGCUGCCAGCGGCUGCAGCCUCGGUCCGAUUCAAUGUGACGGCCCACGCCGUCGGCCAGGUGACCACCUACCUGCUCAGCAACAACACAGACCUCAACAGUUUGACCUUCAAGAUCCACUUCAUGGUCGUCCACAGCAACGCCCUGUUAGUGAUCAGCCAGGUGAUUGGCUGGAUUUACUUUGUGGCCUGGUCGGUGUCCUUCUAUCCACAGGUGUGGGAAAACUUCAGGAGGAAGAGUGUUGUAGGUCUCAACUUUGACUACCUGGCUCUCAACCUGACUGGCUUCAUCGCCUACAGCGUGUUCAAUGUCGGACUGUUCUGGGUGCCCUACAUCAAGGACGAGUUCCUGAAGAAGAACCUGAGCGGGAUCAACCCCGUCAGCGCCAACGACGUCUUCUUCAGCCUCCACGCGCUCCUGCUCUGCUUGGUCUACGUCGGCCAGGCGGCUGUGUAUGAGAGGGGGGGUCAAAAGGUCUCCUGCACGGCCAAGGUCCUGUUGGUGAUUGGGUGGAGCUUUGCCGUGGUCAGCCUGUGUGUGGCUGCAGCCCAGCAGAUCACCUGGUUGGAUUACCUCUACUACUUCUCCUACAUUAAGCUGGCAGUCACACUGGUCAAAUAUGUGCCGCAGGCGUACAUGAACUACAGGAAGCAGAGCACUGAAGGCUGGAGCAUCGGCAACGUGCUGCUGGACUUCACCGGCGGCGUCCUCAGUAUUCUACAGAUGGUCCUGGAGUCUCACAACAACGAUGAGUGGAGGCUGGUAUUCGGAGACCCUACGAAGUUCGGCCUGGGUCUGUUCUCGGUGGUCUUCGACCUCCUCUUCAUGUUUCAGCACUACUGUCUGUACCGACGAAUUCCACAGUACCCAGCAGUGUUGGAACAGUGAGACGCCCACUUCAUCACUACUUGAUUCCUAGCUCAGAGACGCUGCUUCAUAUCUCAGGAUCAACUUCUUUUUUAACCAGUGAUUUGAUAAAGGGAACCAAUGGCUAUUAAAUACCAUGUGACACUGA